GCUGAAAGCUUAUCCUUGGCACAGCCUUAGCCAGAACAGCAACUUGGAGGGUGAGGUUUCACCUGCUGAAAUGGAGCAGGAGGAGCAGGAAGAGGAGCAGGUAGAUGAUCCUGCUAUGGAGGAGCAGCUCCACAGGUUUUGGGAUCGAUACCCCAUGGAUGAGCGUGCCACAAAGCUCCUCCUUUCAUGCGCUCCUGAUAUCCAAGCAAAGGUGAUAGAGACCUUUGAUCCCAGAAACAAGGAGGAGGUGGACUAUUCUCGACAAGUGACCGGCUACAUUCGGAGCCUUCAAACGCAAGCCUUGUCUCGGAAGCGCUUCCGAGAGGAGGAGGCAGGUGAGGUGCUGGUUGAGAAGCGCCUGCGAGGUGAGUUUGCCCCACCGACAGAGGAUGAGAUAGCAACUUUCUGCGGCCGUUACCCCAUAGACGAUCGAGCCCUUGACUACCUCUCCACUUCGCCCUCGGCCGUACAGCACAAGGUGCUUGCAGAAUUCCGCCCGCGCAACGAAAACGAACCGGACUACUCUUCUCUGGUGACUUCUUUGGUGAAGAAACUCCGGAUGACCGAGAGGACCGAGACUGCACCGACACUGUCUGCGGUGUCAGGGCCGUCAGGGCCCAGCCUUGAUGAAAUGAAAGACUUUCGAGUUCACUUUCCGAUGGAUGAUCGCGCCUGGGAGUUUUUGCUGAAUGCUCCUGGCCACACGCAGGAGGUUGUCAUUAAGGACUUCAAGCCCAGACGGUUUGAUGACGGCGACUACUCCGCGGCAGUCACCGCCUUUGUGCGCUCGAUGACGGUGAAGGAUAGAGGCUUGGAACGCGUGAGCCUGGCCAAGCUGGACCUUUUUCGAGAAAGGUUCCCAAUGGACGAACGUGCCUUUCAGUAUCUUUGCAACUCCAGUGUGGAGAUGCAACGCGAGGCACUGCAGAACUUCUUGCCAAGGAAUCUGGAUGAGACUGACUACUCUCGUCAGUUGACGUACUUCUUGAAACGAGGGCUUAGAUCUCCAGUUGCCGGUCCCGGCGUCUUUGAGGAGAGGCGCUCAGUGGACUGGAGAAGUGUCCCUGACAUUCGGGAAGUCAUCCGACCAGGUGCAGUCUACAUCCGAGAGUCCACGUCUCGAAGAGAUCAGAUCAUUCCUGGUCGAAGCGGAAGAGGUGAGGUCAGCAAAGGUGCAGGUGGCCCGCGCCACAGCCGCUUGCGAGCCUUCAGGGCGCAGUACCCGAUGGAUGACCGAGCCUUUGAUUAUCUCAUCCAGGCAGAGCCUCGUGUUCAGGAGGUCUUCUUAGAGGAAUUUCAGCCAAAACGUCACGCGGAUGGCGACUAUUCCGCUUCUGUCACCAGCUACUUGAAGGUUGUCAGAGCCAAGGUCGAGUCAAAUGGCUCUCCUGGAGCAGCGCCCGUCAAAGGCAAAGGCAGAAGCAAAGGUGACGAAGCCCUGUUGGAGAAUUUCCGCAGGCGGUAUCCAAUGGAUGACCGUGCCUUUGAGUACCUCUGCAGUGCAGACGAUUCUGUACGUCAGAAAGUACUUGAGAGCUUCAGGCCUAAACAUGAAGGAGAGGCUGACUAUUCAGGCCUGAUCACAUCCUUCAUCCGUUCAUUUAGACAACGAUGAUGCCAUUUGUGGCAGUGCCACCACCCCAAUGUGCACAUAGUGCAUGUGGCGUUCGGCCGCAGCAUUGCGCAUGUUUGCGCUUCAGCUUGGCAAUGCACAACCGAAAUGCCGAUUGACUCUGAUAACGUUUCGACAAGGAAGAGCCAGAGGCAAAAA